AUGACGGAGCCUGUUUUUCCUUCCUAUGCCGACGAGGCUUAUGUGCGCGAGUACUUGGAGGUAAAUUCGUUCACCGUGCGGUUGGACUGGUCGAGGGAAGAUCUUAGUCCGAAUAAGGACCUAUCUCCCACAUCACUGCUGGCGUCUCAACCAGACUCGCAUCUUCCAGAUGGUACAUCCUCUAUCCAAACAACUCAGAGAUUGAAUCAGUGGCUCGUCGCGUGCGCGGAAACACACCCAGAAUGUCAGGUCUUCUCGGAGACGGCGCUGCCAAAACGAGUUCUUGAAAUACAAGAUUUACGGGUCUAUCUCCGAGAAAAGACGGGGCAGAAGGCUAAAUAUGCGUGUCUGAGCCACUGCUGGGGUACGCAGGGCCCCUCGCUCAAGCUUGAAGGAUCUACUCGCCAGCAACUUGCUGGCGGACUUGCAGUCAGUCAGUUACCGAAAACGUUCCGAGAUGCUGUCUCAAUAUGUAUCGGUAUGGGUAUCCGGUUUCUCUGGAUUGACGCAUUGUGUAUCAAGCAAGAUGAUGCCGAUGACUGGACGGAGGCGGUGGCGACGAUGGGCGAUGUUUACGAGAUGUCAUGGAUCACUAUCGCAGCUACUGGGUCAGACAACAGUCAAAAAGGCAUAUACUCGGCUGUGUCAGAUCGGUACAAAGCCAGAGCUUUGAAAGAUCACGAUUUCCAGAUACGAGAGGACCUUCCGCAGUUUAUUGAUUCACUCAAUUCAGAUUAUGGGUGUGAUCAUUGGCCUCUCCUGCGCAGGGCUUGGGUAUAUCAAGAGCGACAGUUAUCACCCCGCAUGGUUCACUUCGGUGGACAGCAGAUCUUCUGGGCCUGCAAUUCCUCUUUCCAGUCACAAGACGGAUGGUAUCGUUCACGAUGGAAUCCCAGUAGAAAGAAAAUUCUCUCGGACUGGAACAGCAUCGUGUGUGAAUAUUCAGCAUUACAGCUUACGUACGAGAGCGACCGUCUGUCGGCGAUCGCCGCCAUAGUACAGCGUGUUAUGAAAAUUCGGCCACACGAUACCUACAUUGCAGGCAUGUGGAAAGACACCCUUGUUCCGGACUUGUUUUGGCAUGUCAUCGACUUGCAGGCUCGGCCUCGUUCCACACACAGCAUACCGACCUGGUCCUGGGCCUCCGCGUCCGGAGAAGUACGGCAUUUCAUCACGAAACAACCUUUUCAGCAGGUUGUGCAACUACUGGAUGUGACCUUUACAUCUACAGGAAUGCCUCACAUAGGGCAAGUCAAAGAUGCUAGUAUCACGCUACAAGGGCCCGCCUAUAGCCUUCCAGAAUCAGCGUUUUCGAUCUUGGUGGAGAAUCUUGCAGCCGCACCGUGGCAAGAUAUAGACCUCCUCUUGAUGGCGGAUAUCCGAUGCACUGUCUCCAGAGACUUCGAUUGGCAAGCUGUCAAGCCUCCCGUAGGGUCCGACCAUGACUUGACCGUCUUGUUCCUUUGCGAAGAACUGGGCGACUCUGCCCGUGUAGGACAGCAUUUUGGCGGGAUGAUCCUGAAAGCAGUCAAAGCUGACGCCUUCGAACGGGUUGGGUUUGUUCAUGUUUACCCAGAUCCCAGUAAGUACAGAUAUCCUUCUUCCGAGGAAAGUAGCGACGAGGAAAGCAGCGAGGAAGGUGCCGAAGCCGCCGAAGACGAGGAUGGCGAAGAUAACGAAAAGGUAAAUGACAAGAACAUAGCUCACAAAGGAGCUUUCUACUUCUCUGCAACUAGACCUCACAUCGGGGCAGAAAGGGUUGAGGCCGAUGAUGUCGACAGCGCAGACGACAUGAGCGGAAGUGAUAGUGAUGACGCAGUGUCUUCCUUUGUUAGCGGAUUACCGGUGCAAACUUUCAGAAUCAUCUGA